CGCUGCUGCGAAAUGAUGCAAGAUGGCGUUGCUGCUGCUGCUGCUGUCGUCGGGGUCAGCACUGGAACAGCUCCUGCUCUUUCAUUUUCAUAAACACUUGCUGCCUCCGUCGCUGCUGCUGCCUCCGCCGCCGCCGCCGCCGCUGCCACUGCUGCUUCUGCUGCUGUGACUUCUCCCUCCCCGCAGCUCCCUCCUCUGCCUCCUCCUUGGGGGCGGUUUCUUUCUUUAUUACCAGCCACCCCCUCCUUCUCCUUCUCCCUCCUCCUCCUCCUCCCGGAAACGGGCGGCUACAAUGAUUUGUUAUUAAUUAUUAUUGUUAUUAUGAUUAUGAUGACUUUGAGCCCCAAAGGCCCUCCCUCUCCCCUCUGUAGGAAGUGCUGCACAAAGGGCACAGUGUGAGGAGCCGCAGCUGGGGGUGGGUGCAAGCCGCAUCCAAAACUUGCAACGUGUGUGUGUGUGUGUGUGUGUGUGUGUGUGUGUGCGCGCGUGUAUGCGCGCGCGCGUGUUUGUAUUCAGGGAUCGCUCCGUGUGUGUGUGUGGGUGUGCUUGCGCGCGUGUGCAUGCCUCUUGGUUUUUUUCCCACCCUCUUAUUGGAAGCAAGGAGACAUCUCUGUCUCUCUACUUACAUAUAUUUAUAUAUUUUUCGGAUUGCACCAGUCCAGGGGCUACCCUGCUGCUGCAGAAGCAAAGGCACUUUUCCCAUAGUGGAAAGGAAGAGAGAGAGAGAGCGAGAGAGAGAGGGGGGGAAAAAGACAGAGAGGGAGAGCGGGGGAGAGAGACGGCCCCCUCAGGCCUCUUUUCUUUGGGGAUCUCGGCGGGGGUAAUUCUCUAAAAAUACCUGCAAGCAGAAGAUGCAUUAGAAUAAAAUGGAGGAGGAGGGGCUGCAGCAGUGAUUCGUGGUGUUAUUUUCAUUUGGCUCCAAUGCAACUCCUGGGCCAGUGAUCAUUCAGGGCUCUAUUCUCCCCCACCUCCCCUCCCCACCCCCAACCAAGCCUAUUCCUCCCUCUUCUUCUUUUAUUAUUAUUUUUUCACUUUUGCUUUUUGCUUUUUGUUUUUUUUUUUAAACCGACAUUUCUCUCCUAUGCUUUGCCAUGAGAAUGUCCGCCAAGCUCCUUGCCCUAGUCAUGUCGUCUUCGUUUUUCAAUCCCAGUUUUGCAUUCAGCUCCCACUUCGAUCCUGUGAUCUGGUGGGACUUGUGAGGGGACCAGCAAACCAGCACAGCACAUCCGAGUUCUUUUAACUGUGACAGUUCUUUAGAAGAAAACUUCCUGAAUAUGAGACGGAGCCCCACUUAGUGAGCUGUCCUGGUCCUCAUCUCUUGCCGUGGUGGCUGUUUCUUUCUCUGGACUUUUUACCUUCAUCUUCCUCAUGCUGGCUUGCCUGUGCUGUAAGAAGGGAAACAUCGGGUUCAAGGAGCCCCCAGGGAACCCUGGAUCAGGAUCCACGGCUCACGGGAGGUCUCCGUCUCCGCUUCCCCCCCACCAGGAGUUUGAGAAUGCCGAGGGUGACGACUACACCACCGAGUUCUCCGUGCAGGGGUCUCCGGCCACGCAGAAUGGCCCCGAGGUGUACAUACUGCCCCUCACUGAGGUCUCACUCCCCAUGGCCAAGCAGCCUGGGAGAUCAGUUCAGCUGCUCAAGUCUACAGACCUGGGACGCUACAGCCUCCUGUACCUGAAGGAGAUUGGCCAUGGCUGGUUUGGGAAGGUAUUCCUGGGUGAGGUCAAUUCGGGCAUCAGCAGCACCCAGGUGGUGGUAAAGGAGCUGAAGGUGAGCGCCAGUGUGCAGGACCAGAUGCAGUUCCUCGAGGAGGCCCAGCCCUACCGGGCUCUUCAGCACAGUAACCUGCUUCAGUGUCUGGCCCAAUGUGCAGAGGUGACCCCGUACCUGCUGGUGAUGGAGUUCUGUCCGCUGGGAGACCUCAAGGGCUAUCUGCGCAGCUGCCGGGUGGCAGAGUCCAUGGUCCCGGAUCCCCUGACUCUGCAGAGGAUGGCUUGCGAGUUGGCAUGUGGAGUCCUGCACUUACACAAGAACAACUAUGUACACAGUGACCUAGCCUUGAGGAACUGCUUACUUACUGCAGACCUGACUGUGAAAAUUGGGGACUACGGCCUAUCUCACUGCAAGUACAAAACCGUGCAUGCUUGGCAGGAUGACUAUUUCGUGACGGCCGACCAGCUGUGGGUGCCACUGCGCUGGAUUGCCCCUGAACUCAUUGACGAGGUGCACAGCAACCUCCUCGUGGUGGACCAGACCAAGGCCAGCAAUGUCUGGUCGCUGGGCGUGACAAUCUGGGAGCUGUUUGAGCUGGGUGCCCAGCCCUACCACCACUACUCCGACCGCCAGGUGCUCACCUACGCCAUCAAAGAGCAGCAGCUCAAAUUACCCAAGCCCCAGCUGAAGCUGUCACUGUCAGACCGCUGGUAUGAGGUCAUGCAGUUCUGCUGGCUCCAGCCAGAGCAGCGGCCCACAGCAGAGGAGGUGCACCUGCUGCUGUCCUACCUGUGUGCCAAGGGGACCACGGAGGCCGAGGAGGACUUUGAGAAGCGAUGGAAAUCCCUGAAGCCCAGCGGGACCAGUGGAGCCAACCACUUGGGGAGUGCGGCUGAGCUGUCCUCCAGCUUCCCGCUCCUGGAGCAGUUCUCGGGGGAUGGCUUCCAUUCGGAUGGGGAUGACAUCUUGACAGUGAUGGAGACCAGCCACGGGCUCAACUUUGAGUACAAAUGGGAACCCAGCCGGGCAGAGGCCUUCCAGACUCCUGCAAGGACCCUCAGCCCCCGCCAUGCUGCUCACUACCAGGACCUCUACUACCCAGCUAGCUCCUCCACCAGCCACCUGAGCCUGGGGGUUUCACCUUCCUGCUAUGAGUGUCCACCACCUGGGGUGGUGCCCAUCCUCAGUGCUCACAGCCCUUCCGUGAGCAGUGAGUACUAUAUUCGCAUCGAAGAACCAGCUGACUGUGAUCUAGACUUCACCAUGUGUUCCUCUAGCCCUGAGUGCCAGCAGGCAUCUCCUGAGGCAGCCACACCUUGGCAUGACAAAGAAGAACCCGUGGGGGGCACCUAUGACUCAGACAGCAGCCCUACUGUAUCACUGACUAUGGAGCCCCUCCUAGGGCAAGGACCCAGUGGGGAGGGGCCCUGGGAUCACCCUGACUACUACUCCCAUAUGAGCUGUAGCAAAGACUCGCUCUGUUACCACCCUUCCCCUGCAGGGGACUCACGGACUGAAGACAGUUUGUUGGGGGAAUGCAGGGAGGGAGCUGGCAAAGACUGGGGCUUGCCAGGCUUCCACCAGGCUUUUUUUGAGGACCCACUGGGAGUGUCCCCCUCAGGGAAUUCUGUGACCCAGGAGUCACCAGGUGGGGCCCAGGAGGCAGUGGUGGGAGAAUCAAUGAAACAGGAGGCACCAGGUAGCCCUCCUGAAUCAGUGAUGAUAGAGUUGGGUGAACGGGAGAGUCAGCCCUGCAGCGGCUCCCAACACGAGGGUGCAGAGGAGGCAAGCUUGGCUUCCCAGCAAAGACACUGGACCUCAAAUGUGUCUGCCAACAACAACAUCAAUAGCAGCUGUGCCCCCGAUUCCUGGGCUGCUCACUUUGUAGACUCCUACUUGGGAUCAGGAGAGAACCUAGGGGCAGGACCUGAUCCAUGUGAGCUGCCUGCCCCAGACUGCCUACCAGACCUGCCCCUUCCUGAGGGUGAGGGGUUGGAGAUGGCUUUUCCUGGGCAGGAGCUGGGGAGCCCGCCUAGCUUUGCUGAACACUUUGAGGCAGAGGAGGACCCAGCCCCAGUUGCCAUCUCUCCCUCACAGAUGAUAGACAUAGAAACUGCAGAGAGAAGGGGUAUAGAUGAUGGGGCUGAUCAGAAAGCCACGGAGGAAGCCAUGGCCCCUUCCAGUUCUGCAGCCCAGUCUCCCUUGCCCUCUCCACCACAAGGCAGAGCCCUGCUUGUCUCCAGGGCAGCCGGCGAUCCUGUCGUUCCUAAGCCAGAUUCCCCUGUGCCAUGGGACAGUAGCCAGAGUAUCAGCAAUGAGCCAGACCAGACACUGGACAGCAGUGGUAGCUUCCCGGAGCUAGAAGGGCCAGGUAGUGAGGAUGAAGACACGACCGAGGCCACCUCGGGUGUCUUCACAGACUUUUCCAAUGACUUCCUUAUCGAGAAGCCUGACACAACCCCCGCAUUCCGGUCCCUGCAGAAGCAGGUGGGAACGCCGGAUUCCCUGGAGUCACUGGAUAUCCCAUCCACGGCCAGUGAUGGUGGGGAGAUAUAUAGCCCAACGGUGUCCUACCCUACCACUGGGCAGCCUCGGGCCCUGGACAGUGGCUAUGACACAGAGAAUUAUGAGUCACCUGAGUUUGUGCUAAAAGAACCCCAUGAACCCCGGGACCCCGAGGACUUUGGGCCCCUAGGAAAGGAGGAUGAGAGCCCUGGCUUAGAGAUGCGGCUUUCUUCUUCUAUCAGUGCUGAGCUGCAUGGUCUGAGUGAGAAAAACCCCUACCGAGACUCAGCCUACUUCUCUGACUAUGACACAGAGACAGAACGGCCUGCCCAGAGUAGGGAGGAGGAUGAGGACAGUGAGGCUGGGGAAGGAGAGUCCAGCCCGGUGGGCUCUGAGUCCCAAGGGCUCUCUCCCAACAAUCAGGAAAUACCAACAACAGAAGAAGCAGGUGCUCAGCUUCCUCAUUCGCCUUCUGGGGAGCCUUCUCCAGAGGUGACAGUCAGCCCAACCAUCAAAGGGCAAGACCAGGAGAGCCCCAAGGACCCAGCGGAAGGGUUGGCCCCUGCCCCUACCCCUGCCCCCGCUCCCACUGCCCCUGGCCCUGGCCCAGCUCCUGCCCCAUCCAAAUUAUUCUUCCUGACUCCUGUCCUGUCAAGUCCAGAGGACAGUGGGGUUGGGGAAGGCUGCCACAAACCCCAGGAGGCCCCAGGCCUGUUCUCCACUUUGGUGGACAAGGAAACUUGGGACCUGGUUCCUGGGGCAGAGGUGCAAGAAUGGAAAGAAGCCAUGGCCUGUGAGAUUCCCCUGGGUCCCAAAGUGAAACCUGGAGAGAAGCCGGCCCCGCGUCCAACCCCUUUGCGCCUGGACCUGUCGGACCUCCCAGCACCCAAGGAGAGCCGGCCGGCGGAAGAGGAGGAGGAAGAGGACUCGGAGGAGAGCGAUGAGUCCGACGAGGAGCUAUGCUGCUACAACAUCCAGGAGCAGAGCGAGGAGAGCGAAGAGGAACCAGCUGCUGUGCCCAUUGUGGUGGCAGAGAGCCACAGUGCCCGCAACUUACGCAGCCUCCUCAAGAUGCCCAGCCUCAUGUCCCAGUCCUUCUGUGAGGACCUGGACCGCAAGAAAAAGGCUGUUUCAUUUUUUGAUGAUGUUACUGUCUACCUCUUCGAUCAGGAAAGCCCCACAAGAGAACUUGGGGAGCAGAACUUCCCUGAGGGGAAGGACUCGGCUUCCUCCUUCCUGCCAAGCAGCCCCAGUACCCUGAGCCCAUCUGACCAGCUCAGCGCAGCAGACAACUUCUCUGACAGGACAGUCUCUGAAGAGAGUGGUGGGUUCGAGUGGGAUGAUGACUUCCCACUAAUGCCAGCCAAGUCAUCUUUUGUGUCUUCACCGGGGCCUGGAGUACCGGACCCCGUGCUGCCCAACCUGGCGACCCCCCCGAAGCAGGUGCUGCCCGUCCAGUUUUCCCGCUUCACUGUGUCUCCUAGCCCAGUCUCACGAUUCUCCAUCACGCAUGUAUCUGACUCGGACAUCGAGUCUGUAGGAGGAAGCAGUGAAGAUGGUGACAGAGAAUGACUUGGGCCUGGAAGGCACUUCAGAAUCUAUAGUGCUGGCAUGGCUCUGUGGACCAGGGCAAGAAGAGAUGGCCCUCCUGGCCCCAACACGAGGAAGUGGAAGAGAUGGGGGGGGAGGGGGGUUGUCCAGAACUCGGCUCUAUUUUUUUAGACAGAUUUUAUCAGAGGCAUUUGGUUUGCUGCUAGAUCACAGAGACAUCACCCCCCACAUCCCCGCCUUCUGCCCCUUUGUCCGGUACAGGUGCAGCCACUGACGAUGGUCUAUGUGGACAUAUGUGCUUGAAGGCAUGCGGGGGUUGUGUAUAAAUAUACAUAUAUAAAUGAUAGCGUUAAAGGGUAGACUUGCAGAAUCCUGCUCCCCUUCUUAGCCUCCCCUCUCGAAGGGGGUGGCUACCCCCCCAGUACUGCUUGCUCCUCCCUGUGGUCUGUGACUUCUCGGGGCUUACCCUUUACCGCCGCCCCAGUGCCUCGUGCUCCCCUGCUUACUAGAGCUGUAGUGGGGGUGGGAGCCUGUGUCAGCCCCUCCCAGGGCCUUCCUCUCUCGGACUCUGCUGUACAUACACUGGAUUUCUGAAUCUCCACGCUAGUGUCAUUCAGUAUUACUGUCUCCCGUGACCUCCCACUGGGACAUGUUUCUACCUUGUCUCCCUCUACAACUCAGAUGGCUGGUUUCCUGAGCUGGCUCCUAGCCUGACCCUCCCUGUCCUCCUACCCUCUUGCCUAGCUUCUGCCAGGAGCUGGCUCUGCUGGAAGAUGGGGCAAUGGGAGGGACGGUUCUCUUUUUUUAUUCCCUAGUUUUGUUUUUGUCCCUUAGACCUUUCCCAAGCAGAAGUCUGGGCAAUAUUUCCCAAGCAGCUGUUGCUAUCUGGCUGGAGCUGGGGAGGAAGAAAACUAAUGGGUCUUUCCCUCUAGAAAAUGAGGUUUCCUCACCCUAGGGCCUUGGUGCUUUGGGGCAGUGGGGAUGGGUGGGUGUUGCUACCAGCACAGCCUCAUUCAUCAGUGACACUAUGAGACUUCUAGGGUUUCUUGUCCCUCUGCCACAGGCCCUAUUCUGAAGGUUGAUUGUGGGGAGCAAGAACUGAGGGGGAGAGUUUGGGCACACAGGCAGUAAAUGGGAGAGCUUCCUGGGUUGUAACUGCCCUGAGCUGCCAAGGAAAGUGAGGAGGGGACCCCUCCCACUCAGCUGUCCACUUCCGUGUUCAGUGUUGGGAUCUUUAUUCCCCCUACUCAGGGGCCAAGGAACAGGUUGGGCGGGCUGGACAAAUGGGACUCUGUGGGAAUAUUUUUGUAACGGCUAAUGCAGAGAGAAUGAGACCAUGAUAAUUUUAAGUUAUUGUUGCCAAAGAGAUGUAAAGAGUUUAUUGAAGGGGUGGGAGGUGGGGGGAAAGGGACCUUAUUUUUGGUUUGUCCUUUUUUUAAAAAAUUAUUUGUUUGAGGCUUAGAACGCUGGUGCAAUGACUUCCCCCCCGCCCCCUUUAUUUAAAAAGAAAUUAAGCUAAGAAAAAAAGCCUUUAAGCCAAGAGAGUGUGUUCUCCUUUGGGGCCAAUAGACCAACCCCUGUAGUAGGGUCACAGCCUUGGGAGAUGAGAGUGGGGAGAAGGGCAGGUGAAUGAUAAGUGUGUGUAUGUGUGUGGGCUUAUAUCGUGCAAGAGCAUCAUGGGGGAAUAUGGGGGUGAGGAAGUAUGUAUCUGUCUGUGGGUGAUCCACAUGUCCCAGCGUGUGUGUGCGUGUGUGUGUGUGUGUGUGUGUGUGUGUAUAAGUAAACAGGUGUGCUUCGUGUGUGUCUCUGGGCAAUGACAGCCUUACAUACUGAGAAGGGUACGGUUCACAGUCCCCAGCUUGGGUAUGGAGACUGUUGAUUGUUUUUCCAUGGUGUGUGUGUGUGUGUGUGUGUGUUCUGGGGUGAUUCAAACAUGCCAUAGCUUGAAAGUCCAGCCCACUUGGCAUCUGUUCCUAGAAAGGUAAGAGAUAUCGAACCCCCAAAUCCUUCAGGGGUUUCUGAAGCUGGGCCCUUCCCUAUCCCCGAGCAUGCUGGGUUCUAGGUCUUGGGACGUUGCUGACUCAGUGUUCCCCCUUGCUGUCUCUGAAAGUCCUAGAGGCACUGGGGAGACAGAUGGAGGGAGGGAAUGGGACAAACCUGAAGGGAAGUCUGAGAAGAGGCAGACCUGACUGUGGUUUUAAUGGCUGCAGGUAAAAUCAGUCAACAGAAUAUACGUCUCCUCUGACAGAUGAGACGAUUAGGGAUUAAGAAGCCAAUCAGACCAGCUCCUGGGUUCCCCCUUUUGUUAGAGACAGCCUAGCUAAGCCUUUAGGUAGGAGCAGACCUCCUCUUCCACCAAUCAGGCUCUACCCUCCUACCCCUUCUUUUCUGGGAGUGAUCUCAUUUCCAUAUCAACAUCUGAAGUACAGACAUGCCUGUCUCCUCUCAGCUGGCUGUUCUUUAGGCUAAACUAUCCCAAACUUUGAAGUUUUCCCUAGUGCUACCAGGCAGGACCCUAAUGAAUCCUUUUUGUGGUCUCCAAGGCCAAACUUAAGAAAGUUACCAUCUGAAGGCAGACUUGGAAUGGGCCCUGAGUUUCAGCUCUCAGGGCAGGAAAAGGAAUGGUCUGGUUUUAAUGAGAGGAAAACAGGACAACAGGACUAAAACUGUGGCUGGAGGUCAAGAUGGCACCUGGGAUUGAAGAAGUGUGGGGCUUCUGGUACAGAUUGGGAGGGUGGUCCUGGUAGGGAAAGAGGCCCUUGGUGACCAGAAGCUUUCUAGACCAUCCUCAUAUUGCUGGAAAAUAGGGAACACCCUGAUUAACUCCACCACUCACCCACGCCAGCCCUUGAGCCACCAAUGAGUAAGGUGAGAGUGGGGAGAGAAAGAAAUUGGUGAAAAAAAAAUGCCUGAAAAUGGUUUGUCCCUUGCAUGCCAAGGGGGGUGGUGGUAGUCCCAGUCCCUCUGCCCUAGCUCUAAAAACAAAAAACCACUUCAGAUCUUGACAAAAGUGGGUAGGAGGCAGCUGGGAGCUGGUGGAGGUAUUGGGGGAGGGGGCAGCAACAUUCUUCUGGGACUAUGGGAGGAUACAGGAGUCCCUUUGUCCUGGAUGGCCCCCACUGCUCUAGACAAAGGUGGGGGAUAAAAAUGAAUAGAAUGAGAAUAGCUUCCCUGCAGGAGAGGGGCAAGUGCCCCAUGCCAAGCUAUUAAGCAAUUUUCAGGGGCUCUGGCCACUGCCAUCCUCCUCUCCGGGUCAGGAAAGCUUUUAUUAGCCCUAGGCCCUCUCGGACAAUCUAAUUGCCUUGUAACUGUUCCUUUACUCUGAAGUAGGUUUGAAGAUUCCCCUUCAUACCCGUUUUGGUGGUGUCUCCUUUUUGUCAAGUCUUUGAUAAACUCAACAGAUAUUUAACAAAUAAAACAAAAUGUUACAUCCCAGCAGGGCCUUGCCCUCCACCUACUUCCCACCAAGCAAACAAGGUACAUUCCUUAGAGGAAGAAGCCACAAGGUCCCCAAAUAUCUCUGCCAAUGCUCACUGAACCUGAAUGCCAGGAGUUGGAAGGCCAACUCCAAUCUAAAUUCUCCUCUCGUUAGAGCCUUGUUCAUUGGUUCAUUAUGAAAUAACAGGCUAGGGCUAAUUUUUUUCAAAGCAUUUGUACAUCUGUUUCACUGAGUCCUCACCUAAGACCUGGUUAAAAGUAGUUAGGAAAGAUGAGGAAAUGGGGGCCCAGAGUUAAGUGAGCACCAGUGACUGCCAGGCCUACUUCUCAGCUCACUUGGCUCUUAAAUGGGAUGGAGUGGUUCUGAUCCAUCUGUAAUCAAAGCCAUUCUCAUAUCCAGUCCCGGGCGUGGCUCCUAUCCAUAAGGCAAGCUGGCCAGUGUUAGAGAUACAGUCUCUAGCUAAGAAAUGGGGGUGGGGGGGUGCAGUGGACAGAAUGCAGACUUAACUGGCCUGCCAGCAGCAUCGACUUCCCCAACCUUGGCCCCAUUUAGCACCGCAUGCCAAGCACCUGAACUCCCACGGGGGCAUGGUGAGUACAGAAUGACUGUUCUUACCUUCAAUCUAAGAAUGGAGUAACUCCCAAGCCUUUGGAUGUUGUGGCCUAGAAAGCUGCUCCCAGGAGCAGUUCAGGAAGGUGAGUGAACAAAGAGGUAAGAGUUAGAGUCCAAUCCAUGCCUGACCGAGGAUCCCUGGUACAAAGUGGUUGGGUUGGAGCUCUCCAGUGAGGAGGCAUCCCAUUCCACUUUUGGACAGCUUUAAUUGUUUAGUUUCCCCUUAAAUCAAGCUUGUUUGCCCCCUUUACCUUUAGUCCUAGUUUUGCCCUGAAGAGCUGAGCAGAACAAAUAUAAUUUUUCACAGGGCAGUCGUCUGAAAGUUGGAACCUCCUUGAUAAUCAAAGGAUCUGGGACCAGGGGACUGGGGAAAACUGCAAACAGCCUUCUCUCCCACAGGGGCCUUGCUCAUGCCCUCAUGCUAACGGCUUGAACCCCUCUUCCUGCCAUCCCCGCAGUUAUCAGAUGUCCAGUUCUAUGUUUCCCUUCUGAAAGCCAGGGGCUUCCCUCCUGGAUCCUGUUGCUCCAAUCCCCAUCCCCCAAUUUGUGCCAAACAGGGGCAGACAGGGUACCUUCAUCGAGCUGUUUCUUCUUCCAUUUGUAAAAUGGGUGGUAAGGGGAAUUUGGCUUCUAGAGCAUCUGUCUACGCCUCUGGUAUUCCUGUUUUGUUUUUUCUCAGCGUGUGUAUGGGGGGAAGGAUAUUAAUAGGGAUGGUAGGAGAUGGGCAGGAAGCCCAAAUCACAGUCUAACUCUGACCAAGUUCUGGGCUGCGGAAAUGGCCACAGAAAUUGGAGUUUCAGGGAGAAGCCUGGUUUCCUUUUAAACCAAGAGGUAAGCUGUGGAGCAGGUGGGAGCUGGUUGUAUAUUUGGGCAGGAAGGGGCUCAGCGCUCCCUCUCCCUGGGCUACCCAGGCAAGCCCAGGGGAAUGGUCCUACAGUCCUGCCCUGCCAGGUCUCCCUCCCAUCUUGUCUGAUGGGUAGGUUGGGACUAGGACAGCAGGGGAACCAGGACCAGGUGCUGCUGGUCUAGACCCUCCCCCCAACCCCCAAAUACUACAUAAAGGCUGCAUGAGGCUCAAGCUGUCUUGGAUAUUUUUAUUAAGAUAAAGGCUAUUAUUAUUAUUGUAUAUUUUAUCAAUACGGGUCAUAAUUGCUGUAUUUUUUACCAGUGCUGAUUUCCAUACAGCUUCCCAGCAUGUGUGUAAAAUAUCGUUGGUCUGAUAAUAAAGUUUUUAAAAUAUCUUAAA